AUGGAUGAAAUAGCUUCCUAAAAUUUAUAAGAAGAUUAAAAUCAAGUUAUUGAAGAUUUUAUUAAUGAGGAAGGAGAAGAAAAGAAUUAACAAAAUGUUUUGAAUUCUAGCAUUCUGCUAAAUACAGAAAAAGUAGCAGAUUUAAAAACAAAUAAAUCUAAUCAAUUUUAACUCAAUUUAGACUUAGGAGAUUAGUCAAGCGACAGUAGCCCAUAAAGAAGCAAAGACAAAUCUAAAAAGAAAAGAAGAAAUACAAUAAAUUUAAUGUCUUCAGAAGAAGAUUUCAGCAUAAAUUUUUAAGAAUAUAGUGAGAUAAAGUAAUAAAUAGACACUGACUAGUUUGUUUUGCAAGGUCUUUCAAGUUAGGAAAUAGAAAAAUCUAAUAAAGGGAGCAUCGAGUUAAGCAAAAAGUUAAGCGGAAACUCAAAUAGGGAUUAAAAAGGCAAAUUUGGAGGAGAUAAUCUUGUUUUUAAAGAAGAUGACGAAGCCUUCUUUAAGAGAAAAGAAAAUUUAAACAUCUCUCAAGAUAUUGAUGAAGAAAAGCUAGAAUUGAUGAGAAAAGAAUUAUCAUAUUAAUUGUUUGAAAAUAAACACUUAGAUUUAUUUACUAGGUCAAAAGGGAAAUUGUCUGUAGAUAUCAAAGAUUUAGAAGAGGAUGAGGAAGAAGGAGAAGAUCAAGAUAAAAAUAGCGAUUUUUUAAAAGAGCAAAAACAAGAAAACUUCUUUAAAAAUAGCAAAUUAAACCUAGGAGAAUUAAAAUUAUAUAACCAUAAUUAUCAAUAAGGAAAUUUUUAUAAUUGGGCAGACUUUUAAGUUUUUAUUUCUUCCACAGGCUCCUUUCUUAUUAAUGAAAAGAAACAAAUAUCUAAAUUACUUCAUAAGCUGGAAAGCUGCUACAACGAAAAUAUCAUGAGCAAUUUAUAGUUUAGGGAGUAAUUUUAGACACGUAAAGAUUAUUCUUUAGAAUCAAAACAAUACGUGCCUAUCAUUUUAGAUACUAAGUACCAAAUAUUCAGAGUUGAUAAUUCCUUGAAGGUUAAUCUCUCUAUAGCAAAAGACUACAUUUGUGAAAAUCUGAAAUACAUACAAAUGAAUCCUUCUUUAUUGGCCUAAGUUGUUUCUUCUCUUUCUUCUUACAGAGAUUUUGAAAUAAACGAUUUUAUCGAAAACAUAAAUAAUUUCUUAUUUGACAAUAUCUUAGACUAUCAACCAAUUUAAAAACCACUUUAUAAAUUCCUCUCUGAAAUAAUCAAAAAAGAGAUAAACAAUGCUAAAAAGAUUCAAGACACUUUUAAAAUGGAUUCUAUUUAUAUGAAAUUCAUCUAAGGUUUCACAAAGAGAACUAAUUUUUAAAUAUUUUUUUCUGAAUCAUUCAAAAUACCUUUGUACUCAAUAAUAAAAUAUAACAAAAUUAUUAAGAUUGACCCAGCAAAAAUUAAUAGUGAAGACCUAAACAUAAAAAAACCUCAACAAAAUAAUUAUCAUCAUCACCACCACCAUUACAAUCAACAUCAUUAGAAUUUAAAUAACUAAAAUUCCGUUAUCAAUUUGCAUCACAGCUAACCAAUUCAGAUGAAUUAAAGCCUAAACUCAAGCAGUAUAGGAGGAAAUACUACUGAAUUUAGACAUACUCACGAUGUUGUACUCAAAAUUAAUUAAAGUUAAGACUAAGAUAAUCGUACAAGCAUUCCUCAAGUAUAAGCUAAUAGAAACACAGGAUUUUUAAACAGCUUUUUCAGCUUAUUUUCAUCAACAGAAUCUAAAAAGAAAAGAAAAGACAGCAACAAUACCUUAAAUGAAUCAACUAUUUUGCAAUAAGGACCACCUACUUUAUAAUACUAAAAUAGUAGUUGUAGUUGUAACAAUAUUGAUUCAAUAGAAGAUAAUUCAGUUAACCUCAACUCAUAAGAGUCUGCAAUGACAAAAAGUAUUGAGAAUUCAGUCAUAGAUGAAACUGAAGAAGAUAGAGCUUUGAUAGAAGAGAGAAAAAAAAAAGAAGUAGAAAAUAAUAUACUUGUCCUCAAAUAAAUUACUACAUAAAUUAUUGAUGCCUUAACAAAGCACAUUUCCUGCAUUCCUAAAGGAAUAAAGAUCAUGUGUAAAAUGAUUGUAAUAUUACUUGCUUAGAAGGACCCUACAUUAAGUUUGGAGGAAAGACUUUAGGUAUUAUCUUAAUUUAUAAUCAUGAGAUGGGUCGUUCCUUCACUUGUUUCUCUACUUCAUAGGAACACAUUGACAGAGCUACAUUAAGUGAGGUACCAAAAUAUCUCAACUAUCACAAAAGUGCUACAAAAAAUAUUUAAGAAAGAAUAUGAAAAUUUAAAUGAUAAUCCUGGUCAUGAUAUUUUGAGACCAUUUAUCAUGAGUUUUUCGGAGAGAAUAGACAAAUUUUAUGAUUAUCUACUUAAUUUUGAUGGAGGUUUUAUUGAAGAUAUCAUUAACAAAACUGACAAAGAGUUAUACAGCCUAAAAGAAGAUACGAUUACAUCUCUAAGUUUAUCCUAUAGUGACGUAGAUUUAAUACACAAGAUAUUUUCUUCUGUUCAGGAUGACAAAAUUAAGUCCUAACAUAAGAAAUUGUUUACCUAAGUAGAAAAGUGUAUUAAAUUUAACGAAGCAGAAAAAUUCCUAGAUAACACUAUUAAGAGCUAGCAAAAUACUCUCUUCUACAUUUGGAGGCCGGCUGAGUUUUAUACUUAAAAUUUAGUUGACAAAUGUUUAAAAUUUCCAAUUUAGAAUAAGAAUGAUGCUGAACAUGUGACAAAAUAGAAGCUUAUAAACACAUUAAUUUAAUUUUUCUAGAAAAUUAACCCAAAUGAAGAUUUUAUAGAAAAUACAAAUUCUUAAGAGUUACAAGGAAUAUUAAAUUUCUAUGGAAGAAAGAACCAAAUGAGUUAAAAAGUAAUGCAAAAUGGGUUGUAACUAAAAAUAUAGUCUAAUUUCAUUAAAAGUUUAUUGAAAAAAUUUAGUCCUGACUAUGAAGGAAAUAGCUUCUAAAGCUUGUUAUAAGAAAUUCAUACAGAAGUGAGUGAAAAAAGAUAGAAUGUUGUAGACUAAAUUAAAUAUAUUAAAUAUAAAAUAUAACAAGCAAUAAGUAAACUAACCUCAUAAACGCUACAAAUAAAAAAAGAAAACCAAGAAAUGCUUGAAAGGACAAUAAAAUAAAACAUUUUAUUAUUUAUCAAAAAGGCAGAUAUUCCUGUAAGAAUUAUUUAUUAAGAUGACUGUAAAAUCAUGAUUGAGAAAGAAUAAGAUGAGUAAUAAUUCAAAGAAGCUUAUUCUUUCUAUAGAGAAUCAUUGCAAGUUGGAUAUGAUCAAGUUAAGCAAAAAAUGAAGAAGAAAUCAGUUAAUUUGAACGAGAAUGACAUAAUAUGUAAAAAUAUCAAAGAGUUUAUUGAAAGCAUGCAUUAAAAAAGGAUAUUUGAUAAAUUAAUUGAUUUUUAUCCUUAAAACAUCAAAUAAUUUAGAAAAUAAAUCAAUAAUUAUAACGAUUAUAUUGUUGAAAAAUUCUUUAAUAUGCCUAAAAUGCAACAAAGCAACAGGAUGGCCAUUUAUGAGUAAGUUUAAAUUUAAUUCGAAAAAUAUCUUGCUCGUGCUCUUGCCAAAAAAUAUUUAAUGAAGAAAGAGCAAUAUAAUGUUAUAUGUUCUCCUAAACAUUCUGGUAAUAGAAAAAUAAGUAUAAUUGACAAAAUGAAACAUAAUUCUGGCAAAAAAACUUAUGAUGAUAUCCACUUAGCUUCUCUAACUCCAAAACUAGAAAAGAUUUAAAAGCAAUCUAAUCAUGUAGAUAUUUUAUAUAUUAUUGAUGAAUGCGUAGAUUAAUUGAGAGAUCUUGCUGAACUGAAUGGGUAAGAUAAAAAUGAGGAAUUAAUUAUUGUAUCGAAAAUGAGUAGCCUAAUAGAAAAAUCUCAAAUACAUGAUUGCCAAAUGAUAAUAAAAAUUAUAGACAGUCUAAUCAAUUUAAAUUUUUGGAAUAAAAAAGUCAAAAUUAUAUAAUCUUUAACCAUUUUUAAGCUAGCUGUUAACGAAGUAGCUUCAAUGUGA